CACACACACACACACAUCUCUGCAUCCUGUAUUUUUUUAUGCAUCGGGAACCGGGGCUUUAUAAGCGGUCGUGGAUUAUGAUGCCAGUUUUUAUAACAGCGGAAUAUUGGCUUCUUCUUCGACUCCAACUGUGAACAGCAGUAAAUCCCGUGCACACGCGCGCGUGUGUGGUUUUUUUUAUUUUAUUUUAAUUUUUCAGAAUUUUUUGUAAUUUGGUUUCCACGUUACUUCUGAACGCCGAGAAACCGCCGAGCGAGACGCAAAGCCUACGUUCAAUGCAGUUGGAACAUGUCCUAUGUUCCCUUUCAAGAUGCAAGGUGUGCCGUCCCCCCCUCCUAUCAUUAUCACCAUCAUCGCUCCCACGCCCACUCCUUCCACGCUCCCUCCUACGACCGUCCCGCUCACGAACGUCCUACCUACAACCGUCCCUCCUACAGCCGUCCUUCUCACGACCGCCCUUCCUUCGAUCGCCCGUCCUUUGACCACCCUUCCUUCGACCGCCCGUCCUUCGACCCCCCAUCCUUUGACCGCCCGUCCUUCGACCGCCCAUCCUUUGAUCGUCCUACUUUCGAUCGCCCAUCCUACAGUCGUCCCUCGCACGAACGCCCCAUCUACGACCGCCCAUCACACGAUCGUCCACCUCAGGACCGUUGGAACCCCCGUCUUCGCGUGAGCACCGGAAAUCAGCUCUACAUGUUGGACCAGGAAGAGGUACACCCUUUGCUGAUGCGCGAGAGGCGCUCAGAGUCUCACAGGAACAAGCUGCUGCGGCGGACAGUCAGCGUUCCUGUUGAGGGAAGGCACCAUCCCGAGAUGGAUCAUCGCGCCCGGCGGAAGAGCAUAGCCACCGGGAAGCAGCCCAGCAUGGAGGUCCCUCCCACUGCCCCCCUUCAACCCUUCCGACAAUCCAGUUUCCUCAGUAGAAGGUUGAAGGGCUCAAUCAAGAGGGCCAAGAGUCAGCCCAAACUGGACCGAACUAGCAGUUUCCGCCACAUGAUCCUCCCCCGCUUCCGCAGUGCCGACCAAGACAGGACCCGUUUGAUGCAGAGCUUCAAAGAGUCCCACUCCCAUGAGUCCCUGCUUUCUCCCAGCAGUGCCGCUGAGGCCCUGGACCUCACUCUGGACGAGGACGCUAUCAUCAAACCUGUGCACUCGAGCAUCCUGGGACAGGAGUACUGCUUUGAGGUGACUACGGCAUCGGGAACCAAGUGCUUUGCGUGUCGCUCAGCUGCAGAGAGAGACAAAUGGAUCGAGAACCUGCAGAGAGCUGUCAAGCCCAACAAGGACAACAGCCGGAGGGUGGACAAUGUGCUCAAACUGUGGAUCAUAGAGGCCCGCGAGCUUCCAGCAAAGAAACGAUACUACUGCGAACUAUGUUUGGACGACAUGCUGUAUGCACGCACCACCAGCAAGCCCCGCACCGACACCGUUUUCUGGGGCGAGCACUUUGAAUUCAACAACCUGCCAGCUGUCCGCAACCUACGCCUUCAUCUAUACAAGGAGACAGACAAGAAGAGACGCAAGGAAAAGAGCACAUACUUAGGACUCGUAAGCAUCCCCAUCUCAAGCAUCACCGGACGUCAGUUUGUGGAGCAGUGGUACCCGGUCAUCCAGCCCAGCGUUCUCACCAAGGGAGCUGGUGUCGGAGGAGGGAAGAUCAUCAAUGCAUCUCUACGCCUCAAAUCCCGCUUUCAGACCAUGAACAUCCUGCCCAUGGAGCUGUAUAAGGAGUUUGCAGAGUAUGUCACUAAUAACUACCGCACCCUGUGUGCUGUGCUGGAGCCUGUGCUGAGUGUCAAGAGCAAAGAGGAAGUGGCCUGUGCUCUGGUGCAUAUACUUCAGAGCACAGGGAAAGCUAAGGAUUUUCUAUCGGACAUGGCAAUGUGUGAGGUAGACAGAUUCAUCGACCGAGAACACCUUAUCUUCAGAGAGAACACUCUGGCCACCAAAGCCAUAGAAGAGUACCUCAAACUGAUUGGACAUAAGUACCUCAAGGAUGCUAUAGGGGAGUUCAUAAGGGCCUUGUAUGAGUCAGAAGAAAAUUGUGAAGUUGACCCCAUGAGAAUACCACCCUCUGUAUUACCAGACCACCAAGCCAAUCUUCGAAUGUGCUGUGAAUUGGCACUCUGCAAGAUUGUUAAUUCCCAUUGUGUGUUCCCUCGAGAGCUGAAGGAAGUCUUUGCCUCCUGGCGAGUGCGCUGUGCUGAGAGGGGUCGAGAAGACAUCGCUGACCGCCUCAUCAGCGGUUCUCUUUUCCUGCGCUUCCUGUGUCCUGCUAUCAUGUCGCCAUCGCUUUUCAACCUCACCCAGGAGUAUCCAGAUGAGCAGACAUCACGCACACUCACCCUCAUCGCUAAAGUAGUGCAAAACCUGGCUAACUUCUCCAAGUUUGGAAGCAAAGAGGAGUACAUGUGUUUCAUGAAUGAGUUUUUAGAAAUGGAGUGGGGCUCCAUGCAGCAGUUCCUCUACGAGAUCUCCAACCUGGACAGUGUCAGCAAUGCAGGCGCUUUUGAGGGCUACAUCGACCUGGGCAGGGAGCUGUCUAUACUGCACAGUCUCCUCUGGGAGGUCAUGGCUCAGCUCAGCAAGGAUGCCAUCAUCAAACUGGGUCCUUUGCCUCGUCUCCUGAAUGACAUCAGCAUGGCCUUGCGUAACCCACACCUCCAGAGGCAGCCCAGCCAUCAGACAGACAGAGAGCCCGGUAGACAGUCGGACAGGCUGCUGUCACGGCCCAGCUUCAACAGGGGCAUCUCUUCUGAGUUCCAAAAUCUCAUGAUGAGGGAUCUUAAUAGCUCUAUAGAUAUCACCCGUUUGCCUUCCCCUACAUCCACCGGAGGGGUCAUGCCAUCUCGUACCCAGAUGAGUUUUCAGGACCGUGACCAUCCUCAUCGAGCAUCCUCCAAAGACAUGUUUUACGUAUCACGCCCUCCCCUGGCCCGAUCCAGCCCAGCGUACUGCACGAGCAGCUCGGAUAUCACAGAACCUGAUCCUAAGCGGUAUUUCCUGGGAAAUACUUUGAUGCAUUCCGAUAACCAGGCAGGCCUCGCGGUGCUCAGUGUCAAUAAAAGCGUAUCUAUGAUGGACCUCCAGGAUUCCCGAAUGAACAGCGUGUCUAACCUGCAGUCGGUGGACAUGCUCAACUCCUCCCAGGCCUCCAUCGCCGGUAUGGGCAGCUUCGGCGGGCUGAGCAGCGGAGGCGGUGGCGGCCUGGGGUCGGGCCUGAGCAGCCAGCUGCGGGCCGGUGGGAGGUUGUCAGCUGGCUCUGGCGGCUCCAGCAUGUCCGGUGGCCUCCGGCUGAGCCAGCUGAGCCAGAUGGGCACCACCACCGACUCGCUAUCCCAGCAGCAGCAACAGCAGGCCGCCGCCAUGCGCUACCCGCUUUCCUUCCAGAAUCCCCUCUUUCAUCUGGCGACUGCUGAUGGGCCUCAACAGCAACAGCUCCAUCACCAGCACAGCCGGGCUCAACCCCCCGCACCCCUUCUCCUGGCCCCAGAGCCCGAACCCUCUCACCAGUCCUACAUCCCACAGUUCGCCCAUGGAGGGUUCUCUCGCAGUGAGGAUCUGUCCACCCUCAGGACCAGGGACGGUCACCUGGGACAACCCAGCAUCAUCCACUCACAUAGCUACAGUGACGACUACAGCAGGGCUGACUAUGGACGCAGGCAGAUGUCCAUGCAUAUGCAGGAUAAUCUCCAACAGCAACAAAUGAUGGGCAUGGCCUCCCAGACGGGAACCUCCCAUUCCUCCCUGGCCACCACGCCUCCCUCCACAGUCCAACCUAUGCGGCAGAGUUCUGUUGCUCCGCCUCCCACCCAGCGUGUCAAAUCCCAGACCUCCCAUCAGCUGUCCGUCAGUGCAGCUGCUGCACCCUCUGCUCCUGCAAAAACUAGGCCGCAAAGCGGAAACCUUCUCCAGUCGCCAGAAUCCGGCUACGGCAGGCAGCAUGGGCCCCGGCAGCUCUCCGUCAAAGACAACACUGCCCCGGGCCUGCCCCACCAGCAGAGCUCUGUCAGGGAAAGCCAGAGUCCACAGGGAACCACCAGUCAGAGCACUCAACAGUCACCACAGCAGCAGCCUCAGCAACAGCAACACCUGCUCAAACCCACUAUGAGCAAACAGGGUUCCCAGUCUCCAUCUACCCUCAAUCCCCCAACGCCAGCCAAUGAGCGGACGGUGGCCUGGGUCUCCAACAUGCCUCAUCUGUCCGCUGACAUUGAAAGUUCUCGGAUUGACCGUGAGGAAUUCAAACUUAAGGAGUACUCAAAAAGCAUGGAUGAGUCACGCAUGGAUAGGGUACGGGAGUACGAGGAGGAGAUCAACUCCCUGAAGGAGCGCUUGAUGAUGUCCCACAAAAAGCUGGAGGAGUAUGAACGGAGGCUCCUCACGCAGGAGCAGCAGACCAAUAAGAUCCUCCUACAGUACCAGAAUCGUCUCGAGGACAGUGAGAGGAGGCUACGGCAGCAGCAAGUGGAGAAAGACUCCCAAAUUAAAGGAAUAAUUAGCAGGAAAGAAGACUUGGAAUGAAGACAGAGAGUCCUGCUCGUCUUUUAUGGAAAAACAUCUUAAAAGGCCUAACCUUGUAUAUAACCACCAUUAAAACGUCCUCCUUUAUCCUGCGCUGUCACACUCACCAUCAGCUGUUUGUUUAUGAACAAAGUUCUGGAUUUUGGGAUCAUGCAGGAUGAUUCCAGUUAGAUGAAUUUUCAAAUGAUUCUCCCACGAGAUUGCACUGUAAAAGCACAAAAGGAUGGGGAGUUGUAAAACUUCAGAAACAUGUCUGCACUUUUUAAACCAACUCAAAGAAUUGUUUUGGACCUUCGGGCACCGGACUAUGGAAGACCAUGGUUUAAUAUUAGCUCUUCCAUUUUAAAUCAAGGUGAACCAUGUUCACUGAAGGACUGCUGAUGGGUUUUUUUUACCUCUCCAGAGUGAACAUGGGGACUAAUACCUCUUUUAACAACACAUGAUGUGAAAUGAAGAGGGGAGAACAUCAGAGACAAACCUGAAUCAGUCAGUGAAUGGUGAAGAUUCAGGUAUAAAGGCAUAAAUGAGCUAUGCCCUAUACUACAGAAACUUUGUCAGAGCACUUAAAGCAAAACCCUUGAUUACUGCUCCCCUGAAGUUAAAGCUUAAGGAGAGUGCUGUACACAUGAAGCACAACGUGCAGUUAUUAGCUGCUGUUUUCAAGGCUUAAACUUGUAACUUUUGGGACCUUUAUCAUCUGACCACACAAGGAUGAAUUACAGUAAGUAGCAGAUCUGGAUGCUUCCGAGUCAAUUUUACACACAAUUCACUGAGCCAGCCCAGGUCAUGCAGAGCAUUGCAGAUCUAAUGCACACACACGAGCAAUGCAAAUAAUGUAGAGGGCGUCCUGUUGAUUGGACUUCAGAAUAUCAGUGAAAUAACAAGUGCAACCAUAGCCUUAUGUUAUGUUUCACCUUAAAUUGAGUUUUAUGUUCAAUUUUCACAUUCAGAUAUAUAAACAUAUAUAUUUACAUAUAUAUUAUGUUGAUGCAAAAGCAAGCUCAGGUUCUGCUAAUGGAGCCCUUAGUUGUGACCUUAAUUUCAUGGCUCCUAUGUAGGCUUGGAAAAAAAAACCAACUCUUUAUCUGCAGACCUAAAAUACUCAGCGUUAUGUUUCAAGUUUGAGAGAUAUUUUUUUUCAGAGAAGCCUUAAUGUUCUGUGCAUAGAAUUUGCUUUAAGCUCAGAGCAAAUCCAACCUAUGUCAUUAGACCAGGUACACAUUUUGUUCUCAACAAUCUAAUUUAAACCAAAGCCGAAUAUUGAGUUUUAGGUCAUGCUAGGUUAAACACUGAAUCCACUUUACCUGUAGCACUUGUAUUUUUAUUUUUUCUUUAGGGUAGUUAUUCCAUUAGUUGGCUACAGGCUCUCAUAUUUUUUUGUCAAAAUACUUUAAUUUUAAAUAUGAAUGAAACUAUUUAUCUUCCCCGAGCUCUUUGCUGUGAACUGAAGAGAUUUAUAUUGACGAGAUGCAUUGAAUUUGCAGCAGAAAGGGGGGAGGGGACUUAAUGGUCUUAAUUGCACCUGUCAUAGUAAUAAUCUAUUUUAACUAUAACCCAUAGCAUAGUAAAUUCAGUAAUGCAAGAGCCAUAAUAAUAGUAGUAUAAGAAAUGUGAUGUAUAUGAAUUCUAUUGAGAGUGAGAUUACUAUUUUAACCUUGCAAUAGCUAACUUUUUAGCAGGAGAAGCGCAAUAACAGAUGCAGUAUGUAUCUGCGUGUGCUGUUUGUGCCGAAUGCACAUGCAGGAUCCUGAGGAGGUGUAUUGUAUGCAUCUUGUGUAGAUAACGAAACAGUGACUUCCUGCCAAAAUCUUUUACCAGGUGCCAUCUGCAGUAUCUAAACAUACAAAAUAUAGACCUGGAAUACUGUAAAAUGCAAAACACCACAGAGACAACAUGACGACAAUGACGUGAGCUUUUGACAGCAGUAUGUUCUGCAAAAUGUGUUCUUAAAGCCUAAGUUGGGGGUUUUUUCUAUUGUUUAUGGGUUGUUUUUUCUUUUUCUUUUUUUUUUUGAUGACCUGUAUGGUGCUUGUGAACUUAUCUGCAUUUUAAAUGAAAGAUUGAAAUUUAUAUUAUUUAUUAAUUAAAGCAAAACUGACUUUCUCAUCUCUGUAUGAUUUUUGCUGUAAAUGCUUGGUAUGAUUUUGUUUUUGACCUGCAGUCCGUCAUUGGUGGUGUCCGGUGACGUGGUGAUCAGAAUAGUUGUUUAAGAGAGUUAGACUGUCAUUUAACUUAUGCACUUAAAAUAUGAUUUAAGUAUUAAAAGGAAAAAACAUAUUCUUUUCUAUUUAUUUUCCCUCUCCAGAGUCUUAGAUAAUAUUCUGGUGUCAGUAUACCUGCCUCUCUUUGUAGCAAGAAUAUAUUGAUAGGCUGUAUAGAUUGUACAACAGCAAAAAUUAUGUUUAAAUCUUGCAAAUGAAUUCAUAGUGGUGAUGAGUUUUGGCUUGAUGUGUGUGUGAUUGACAUGGCUUGUAGCAACAGCCAAGGGUUUUUGCUCACUUUUAUAUAGACCUGUGUCAAACAGUUGCGUUGUUUAUUUUAAACAAAUGCACUCAAAGAGGAAUUUGGUUGAAUGUGCAUUUUAACCGCAUCCAUUUGGAUUGCAUAGUUUUUACAUAAAUAAACAAUGUGAUAAAUUCGAUGGGAGGCAUAUCCGUCAGUCAAAUGUAAGUCAAACAUACUGCUUUUUAAAUGCAUAUUAACAUGCUGUUCUGUACUGGGGACUUGUGUUGAUUGCAUGGUUGUUUUUGUAUAUUUAAAACACUUUUAGUUUGCUUGUUUCGUUUAUGUUUGACUGACAAAAAGACAUUGCUUUAAUUUAUGUUAAAAUGAUUUGUAAUGUGCGAUUAAAGUGCAGAGUAAGCUCAAAUAUGUCACGAGGUUGGGUUAAACUUGCUGUAUCAACACAAAUUAGAUGUUAUCAGGUAAGUUUACAAAAAAUAGAGAGCAUAUCUGCAGCUGCUGUUUGACCCAGGUCUGUCUUUCCUUUUGCUUUUCAUUAACUUUACAUCCUAUUUGACACCUUUUGUCUUUUGCCUUUUUCCUCUGUAGCAAAAUAUUCAGACUUUGUGACCUCAUGUUGGUACAUACACACAUUGUUUUGACUAAAUGUACGACUUGACCUCAAAAGCACACUACUUGAAGUACAACUGGAUAUAUAAAGCUUAACUUCUUUUUUCCCUCUUCUUUUUGUAACAUAUCACCCACAUGAAUCAUUGUCUGCCUUUUUGGAGUCAUGUCAGAAUCUUAAUGCUGUAUGCCCAUGUUACAUUCCAUUGUUUUUUGGGACAGUGCUAAUAUUUCUGUGUGUGCUUAUGAUUGACUCUUUUCUUUUCCUCUUCUCUUCUUUUGUAAAAAAUAAAAACAAACUCUCAACAUUGUACAUUAUUUAUGGAAUAAAACAUCC